AUGCCCUUCUCCGUCUGCGUCAAGGAUCGGAUGAUGUACUCCCACACCUUCACAUUCGACGACGGCGUACCCUUUACGACCGGCUGCACCGCAGUCGUGACCGCCACCUUUGAAGGCGCGGCGCUCGGGCCUUACGACAUCCUCAUCGACAUCCUCGUCGCGCAGAAGCUUCUGCGGGAGGUCAUGGAACUUUACGACCACAAGAACCUGGACGCACUGCAGGAGUUUGCGAGGCCGGAUGGAUCUCGCCGCAAUACGACUGUCGAGGCGCACCACCACAGCGUGCUCGCCACGGAUGGCAAGGGGCUCGGAGCCGCGAUGCACAUCAAGCUCGAGGAGAGCGACGUCGCACUCGCGAGCUACUGGGAGGAGGCGAGGCCCGAAGGGCUGUUCAGCGCCUGCGCAGUAGGAUCCUAG